GAAUGUUUGGAUACGCACGAUCCUCAGUCUCCCAUGUAUCAUGAUCUAAAGUCGGAAAGUCGAGCAUGGUUCUGGCAAACGUGCCUUGAAAUGGCCUAUUGGCAAACCGCGCCUCCUUUAUGGUAUCCAACCAUUGUGUCGCGAAAACUCACGACAACAUGGUACCAACGCCAAUGUCCUUUCAUGUUUGGAGACGCUGUGCCAGAGGUCCCGGAAUGGCGCCGCAUGAAUAAAGACUACGGAGGUUGGGACGUAUGCCUCUCACGGACCUUCUGGGUCGACGGCGAAUGGGAUCCUUGGCGAACGUUAAGUGUGCAAAGCGACAACGCGCCUUCU